CUGGGAAGUACACAGGCAAACUCGAUGCCAUCAUCAUCAUCAUUAUCAUCAUAAUUAUCAUCGUCAUUUGCAUUCGGCAUAUUUCUGGGUAUAGACUCUUCUGCAACUCAAACUCUCGAGAUGUUAUACGCGGCAUUUUCUGCAUCUGCGCUGCACGUGGGUGACUUUGAUAAAGCUGAAUAGCUGGCGGCAGUUGUAAUAGCUACUACUCGUCGCGUGGGAAGAGCAAGGACAUCGUAGUAACUAGUACAUCCGCGACACUAGUAGGCGAGUGCCAGCUAUAACUGUAGAUAGUCAUCGCCCGCCAGAUUUCCUGCAUGAUUUGGCCAAAAUUUGACGCCC